UAUAGGAAGUAGAGGGGUUUGUCAGAAGAACUGUAGUUCAGAGAUCGUUGGCAGGACAGAAUGGAACACACCUUGCUCUGUGUGCUACUCUUGCUGAGUACACUCAUCAACUCUGGACACUCUGAAGAUGAUGAUGCUCUGCCCAAAGCUACACUGACUGUGAAGCCAAACCCUGCAUACACUGGAGAGACAGUUACUCUGACGUGUUCAGUAGGGUCUGACAGUAGCUGGAGCUAUCAGUGGUUAAAAGACAGGAAUGAUAAUGUAGUAUCCCAGUCUGGUUACAGUAACAUUGGAGUCUCUCACACCAUCAGUAGAGCUGGUGUGUCUGACCAGGGUCAGUACUGGUGUGAAGGGAACACAGUGUCUAGACCCACAUAUUCACUACCAAGUGAUCUUGUCACUCUCACUGUAAAAGGUGAAUUACUUUGUUGUGUUUUUUUGUCAUCUCUGCCCAUAUCCUCCGUGAGUGUCUCUCCUCAGGGUCUCCUCUACUCUGGAGAGACAGUCACUCUGCAGUGUGUCAUACCAGGCUACACAGACUGGACGUACUACUGGUACAAAAACAACCAAAGCCUUCCUGAUGAGACCAGUAAAAUCAUUGAUAUCACCAUCCCCAUCACUCAGCCUGGUCUGGUUGGUCAGUACAGAUGUGAGGGGACGAGGACAGAUCGGCCCCAGACGUCACAACCCAGUGGUGACAUCACUAUCAGUGUCACUGCUCUGCCCAAAGCUACACUGACUGUGAAGCCAAACCCUGCAUACACUGGAGAGACAGUUACUCUGACGUGUUCAGUAGGGUCUGACAGUAGCUGGAGCUAUCAGUGGUACAAAGACAGGAAUGAUAAUGUAGUAUCCCUGUCUGGCAGACACACUAUAACAGGAGACACCCUCACCAUCAGUAGAGCUGGUGUGUCUGACCAGGGUCAGUACUGGUGUCAGGGAGAGAUCCGGUCCAGAUCCAUAUCAUCAAUCAUCAGUGAUCCUGUCACUAUCACCCUGAAUGCUCUGCCCAUGGCCUCAGUGAAGAUAGUCACUCCUCAGGGUCUCCUCUACCCUGGAGAGACAGUCACUCUGCAGUGUGACAUAUCAGACUACACCGACUGGACGUACCACUGGUUCAGAGACAACCAAGUGCUUCCCCUUCAGAACAGAAACACCAUCACCAUCUCACUCCCUCACCAGGCUGGUCACUACAACUGUGAUGGGAGGAGGAGCGGUCGGCCCCAGAAUUCAUAUGGCAGCUUUUCUCUCCCCAUCAUCAUCACGGCUCUUCCCAAAGCUACACUGACUGUAAAACCCAACCCUGUGUUCCCUGGAGAGACAGUUACUCUGACGUGUUCAGUAGGGUCUGACAGUAGCUGGAGCUAUCAGUGGUACAAAGACAGGAAUUAUAAUGUAGUAUCCCAGUCUGUCAGACACACUAUAACAGGAGACACCCUCACCAUCAGUAGAGCUGCUGAGUCUGACCAGGGUCUCUACUGGUGUCAGGGAGAGAACCGGUCCAGAUCCAUUUCAUCAAUCAUCAGUGAUCCUGUCAGAGUCACCCUGAAUGGUAAAAAAAUAAAUACAAAUAACAGUAGGGGUCUCCUCUACCCUGGAGAUACAGUCACUCUGCAGUGUGACAUAUCAUACUACACAGACUGGACGUACCGCUGGCUCAGAGACAACCAAGUGCUUCCCAUUCAGACCAGAAACACCAUCUCCAUCACCAUCUCACUCCCUCACCAGGCUGGUCAGUACAACUGUGUUGGGAGGAGGAGCGGUCGGCCUCAGAAUUCAUAUGUCAGCUUUUCUCUCCCCAUCAUCAUCACGGCUCUUCCCAAAGCUACACUGACUGUAAAACCCAACCCUGUGUUCCCUGGAGAGACAGUUACUCUGACGUGUUCAACACGGUCUGACAGUAGAUGGAGAUAUAUGUGGUACAAAGACAGGAAUUAUUAUGUAGUAUCCCAGUCUGUCAGACACACUAUAACAGGAGACACCCUCACCAUCAGUAGUGUUGCUGAGUCUGACCAGGGUCAGUACUGGUGUCAGGGAGAGAUCCGGUCCAGAUCCAUAUCAUCAAUCAUCAGUGAUCCUGUCAGAGUCACCCUGAAUGACUAUUCUGCCUCACUGAGUUUUGAACCUUUACCAAUCAAGAGGACAUAUCAUGCAGCAGAUCAGAUCCAUGUUUUCCAGAUGCAUCACACACAUUUCUUGAUUCCAACAGAUAGUCGUCCGACGGCUACACUGAGUUUAGACCAAGCGAACGUAUUCACAGGUGACAGAGUGACACUGACCUGUACAGUAGAGUCUUAUGGAUGGAAGUUUUACUGGUACAGACACAGACCAGACUCUACACCAGUAACCUCAACCUCUGGAUACUCCUACAGCAGAGUCAGUGUCUCUGAUGGAGGACAGUACUGGUGCAGAGCUGGGAGAGGAGACCGAGUCUACUAUACCCUGUACAGUGACCCAGUCCAGAUAAACAUUACUGAGAGACCUGUAGCUGUUCUGACCCUCCAACCGAACUGGACCCAGAUAUUUAGAGGAGAGACUGUUACUAUGAGAUGUGACAUACAGGGAGGAGACACUGACUGGGGGUAUGAGUGGUAUACAAAUGGUUAUUCAGUCUUCUCUAAUACAAAGUCUGAGUACAGAAUCAGUCCUGUCAACGUGUCUAGCAGUGGUUCAUAUACCUGUAAGGGUGUAAAGGGAAGGACGUUCUCCAAGACCAGUGAUGCUGUACAACUGACUCUCUCUGAUCAACCUAAGGCUGUUCUGAGUAUCUAUCCUCAGUGGCUGAACCCUGGAGACUCAGUGUCUCUGAGCUGUGAAGUUGACAAGACGUCUACAGGCUGGAGGUUCUCCUGGUACAGGACGGUUCCCACUUUAACAGAGCAGUCCUACUCUUUUCAGCAUCUUCCAGAAGCAGGCAAUGGGACUACUGAAGACUCCUACACUCUGAUCCCUGCUGUUCCUACUCCCACAGGAGGAUAUGUGUGUAGAGCUGGGAGAGGAGACCCAGUCUAUGACACACUCUACAGUGAACCUCAGUUUCUCUGGUCAGGAGAUCUGCAGCCUUCAGUGUCUCUCAGAAUAAGUCCCAACACAACACAACACUUUACAUCAAAGUCUCUCUCACUGAGCUGUGAGGAGAAGGGGAACUCUACUGGAUGGAGACUGAUGAGCUACAGAGAGAGAGGAGUGACGUCAGGGUGUGGCUCUAACUGGGGAUCAAUAACAGGGUCCACAUGUACCAUCAGCUACACAUACACAUGGUCCAGUGGAUUGUUCUGGUGUGAGUCUGGAUCAGGAGAGUACAGUAAUGCUGUCAACAUCACAGUAAAUGAUGGUGAUGUGAUCCUGGAGAGCCCUGUCCAUCCUGUGACUGAAGGAGACUUUGUGACUCUGAGUUGUAAAUACCGGAAAGUCAGCUCAAACUUCAAAGCUGAUUUCUACAAAGAUGGAGUACUCAUCAAGAAUGAGACCACAGGAGAGAUGACCAUCCCUACAGUAUCCAAGUCAGAUGAAGGAUUCUAUAAGUGUAAAUCUGGUCAAGGAGAAUCACCAGAGAGCUGGGUGACAGUGAGAGUCUCUCCAGUCGUAGCUCCUGGAUCCUCUACAUCAGUCCUAGUAGGAGUGGUUGUGGGUCUGGUUGUUGCUGGUGUUCUACUGGUCAUUCUCCUGGUCCUGCUGUGGAGAAAUCAAAACAACAAAGGUUCCUGUUUCAUCAGAAUAUUCUGGCCCCCUCAGCCCCAGAGCACCAACCAGGACCCCCAACAGGACCAAGGAUCUACCCAGGGCCAGGCUCCUGAUACUGGGUAUACACAUCAGCAGCAUGGUGACGCUAACAUCUACGAUACGAUCAAUCCCUCAGACAACAAUGAUAAUGAUGCUGCUGGUGCUUCUGCUGCUGGACCAAGUCAUGUGACUUACGCCCAGAUUCAACUGAACAAGUUGGACAAGAAAAAGAAAGUAAAGAGAGAUUAUCCAAAAGAAAAUCCUGUCUACUCUGAGGUGAAGACAGGGAAAGCCACUGCAGCAGCUGGACCUGUUGAUGUGACCUAUGCUGAGGUUGACCUCCAAAAGAAGGUCAAAGCCAAGAAGAAGAGAGAAACAGCAAUCCCACCUGAGGCAGAACCUGUCUAUUCUCUAGUGAAGCCAUACACAGACCCCGAAGCAGCUGGUCCUGUUGAUGUGACCUAUGCUGAGGUUGACCUCCAAAAGAAUGUCAAAGCCAAGAAGAAGAGAGGUCCUUGA